AUGGGUUACUUCGUUAACAGUGUUUCGCGCGGCGGUGGCGGCGACGACUGCUAUGGCAACAGCUCCCUCGAGCCGGACAGUUGGCCGAGAGUGAAACGUUGUCCAUCGGCUAGCCGUCGGCCGACCGACGGUGCGAGCAACGACGACGACGACGACGACGACGAAACCGGCUCUACUCAUCACCUCAUGUACGGCCGAUAG